AAAACUUUUACACUUUUUUUAGACUCUCUUUGGCUAUUCUGGCAAGAUAUUUCUAUAAAAGAAACUGGAAAAGUUUUCUUUUUCUUCAGUGAAAAUGUAGAAAAGUAGAUUUGGCUGGAGAGAAAAUUUUAGAAAAACUGGAAAAACUUCCAAGAAAUCCAAGUAUACAUAAUAAACAGGGAACUUCACUGAAGUUUGUACAAAAAUCCUUGAGUUUUAUUUAUUUUGGCAAGGAGGUAAUUUAUUCAAGAUGGUAUAAGCUAAGGGGAAGGGAUUUCGGCUAUUUUGGCUAUUUUGCAUUACAAGGUUGCAAUUUCUUCUAAUAAAUUAAUUAAUCCAAAAUUUUAUACGGUUUAUUAGUAAAAGUUUUCCACAAAAUCCCUCUGAAUUGGGAAAAUCGAGGAAAACAAAUCCCAGGAAAUCCAAAUUAUUGAAUCUUCGUGCAAAAUCGUGAAAAGUGUGCCGAAAACCGACCAUACUUCGUGUGUUUGUGGUGUUAUUUUUUUUCGUUUUGCAAAAUUCGUCUUUUUUGUGGUUUAAUCAAUUUAUUACCAACCUUUAAGGGGUUUUUGUGCAACAUUACCCAUAGUUGCAUCAUUUGGUGCAGGAAAUUAAAAUAAUUACCCGUGCUUUGAAGAUAAAAAUAAAGUGCAGGUGUUCUAACCUCAAAAAAUCAUGGCUUCCGGACACAAAUGUAGAAAUUGCGGCUCCGCAGACAUUGAGGUGGAUUCCGCCCGUGGGGAUGCCGUGUGUACCAAUUGUGGUUCAGUGCUGGAGGAUAAUAUUAUUGUGUCGGAAGUGCAAUUUGAGGAAAAUGCCCACGGAGCAUCAAACACAGUGGGGCAGUUUGUAUCAGCGGAUUCCAAGGGCGGAGCCACAGUUUACGGGAAGUUUCACGUUGGAGUGGGUACGGAGUCUCGUGAGGUGACGCUGAAGAAGGCACGUGAGGGGAUUACGCAUUUAUGCCAUCAGCUGCACCUCAAUACCCACUGCAUUGAGACUUCCUGCAAUUUCUUCAAGAUGGCCCUCAAUAGGCACCUGACCAGGGGUCGCAAGAACAGCCACAUCUAUGCAGCUUGCGUGUACAUCACUUGCCGGACAGAGGGAACAUCUCAUUUAUUGAUCGACAUCAGCGAUAUUCUCCAGAUUUGUUGCUAUGAACUCGGCAGAACAUACUUGCGUCUCUCCCAGACUCUCUGCAUCAACAUUCCAUCGAUUGAUCCCUGCCUCUACAUUAUGAGAUUUGCCAAUAAGCUGGAAUUCGGUGAGAAGACACACGAAGUCUCGAUGACGGCGCAACGUUUAGUGCAGCGCAUGAAGAAAGAUUCCAUCCAUACGGGACGUCGUCCAUCAGGCCUCUGUGGUGCCGCCCUCCUGUUAGCUGCCCGGAUGCACGAAUACAAUCGCACACCAAUGGACGUGGUGAGGAUCGUGAAGAUCCAUGAAUCAACGUUAAGGAAGCGCCUUCUGGAGUUUGGGGAUACACCGAGUAGUGCAUUAACGCUGGAGGAAUUCAUGGCAGUCGAUUUGGAGGCUGAACAGGAUCCGCCAGCAUUCAAAAUGGCCCGGAAGCGUGACAAGGAGAGGAUUCAGAAGAUUGCGGAGAAUGAGGCGGAAUUUACGGCACUUCAGCGAGAGAUUGAUGCGCAGCUUGAGAAGGAUUUCAGGAAAUCGAACAAGAAGGUUGCUGAUCUGCGUGGGGAUAACCUGGAGAUGACGGCAACGAGUGAUUUUAUCCAUCAGUCGACGCUGGAUGUGAUAAAUGAGUGCCUGACGGAGCAGGUGGAGGAGGAGGAGGAUGACGUACCCGUGCAGGGCAUUGGUCCGGACAUUGAGGCAAUGUGUGAGCCCGAAAGGAGAGAGAGUGUGGUGGAUACGGGAAGUUUGUUGGAGGAAGAGGAGCAAAUGGGGGAGGAUCUCGUGAAUUUGGAGGAUGUUGAUGAUGAUGAGAUAAAUGGGUACAUUUUGUCCGAAGAGGAAGCCCGGAUGAAGCAUCAAAAGUGGAAUGAACUCAAUGCGGAGUACUUAAAGGCAAUGCAGGCGAAGGAAGAGAGGCUGGCCAAGGAGCGUGAGAAGGGAAAGCCCGAGAGGAAGCGGCGUAAGGUGGUGAAGAAGAAAAAUAUUGGACCAUCCAAUACAGCUGGUGAGGCAAUUGAGAAGAUGCUGCAGGAGAAGAAAAUCUCCACAAAGAUCAAUUACGACAUCUUAAAGGCUCUCACUGCUGUUAAACCGGAAGAAGUCGUUGAGGCUCCGGUAGUGAAGGAGGAACCCAUGGAGAUUUCUCUUCCGCGACGGAAGAAGACCAAAUUGACGACAACACUGAGUUCUUUGGGCAUCAGGAAGCCCCGACCAGUGCCCACUGCAACUCUCCAUACUCACAUUCCUGAACCAGAACCACUCACGGCGGCAGUUGAGGAAAAUGAACCCAUCACAGAGGAACCUGAAGAUGAACCAGAGAAUGAGACUGAAGUUGAGCAGGAAACCGAAAAGUAUCCAGAGCAUAGCUCUCUUGCGGAUAUGCUCAAUGGGGAUGAGGAAGAAUACUACGGCUAUGAUGAUUACUAAAUGUUACUAAAAGUUAAUUUAAUUCUCAUACACACACAUCACUAAAAGGAUAAAAUUCCGGGAAAAUCAUUUAUUUUUAAGUUAAUGUAAAUAUAUAUGAAAUAUUUAUUGCAAUAGAAAUAGCAUGUGCAUUUUCAAAGAAAAA